ACCUGCGCUGGCAACAGUCUCCACCCCCCUCCCCUCACACUCACGCUCUUCCUGCCCACUACUGAGACCACCCUUCGCACCCCCCUCCCCCUGCUCUCUCCGCUCCUCCUCUCCCUUCCUCCAGUCUCUGCUACAGACAAGCUUUUAAGCACUCGCCACAGUGGCUCACGAUGGACAGCGCUAGGCAGGCUCAGUGACCCCUCUCACAGUAUAGCGACUUGACUGAAAUCAGUGCUGACAAACGCUCUCGCCGCCUAGAGGGAGAGGGAGAGUAAGAAAGAGUGCCCUGUGGACUAUCCGUCAGCUAAUAGCAGAAUAUUUAAUUACAGGGUUCGAACCUGCAAAGCGAGGAGCUUUCUUAACACAUCUCCAGCCACCCCACAUCUAGAAUAGCCACGAUGGAAGAGGACAUGGAGGAGGGGCAGAACCAGAAGGGAUGCCUGGAGUGCUGCAUUAAAUGCCUGGGUGGGAUCCCCUACCCUUCUCUCAUUGCCACCAUCCUGCUGUACGCCGGGGUGGCCCUGUUCUGCGGCUGUGGGCACGAGGCCUUGUCGGGCACCGUCACCAUUCUGCAGAACUACUUUGAGGUGGUGAGGAGCCCCAUGGACUCUCUGGACGUCUUCACCAUGAUUGACAUCAUCAAGUACGUCAUCUACGGCAUCGCCUCGGCCUUCUUCGUGUACGGCAUCCUGCUGAUGGUGGAGGGCUUCUUCACCAGUGGGGCCAUCAAGGACCUGUACGGAGACUUCAAGAUCACCACCUGUGGACGCUGCGUCAGUGCCUGGUUCAUCAUGCUGACGUAUAUCUUCAUGCUGGCCUGGCUGGGGGUGACGGCAUUCACCUCCCUUCCUGUCUUCAUGUACUUUAACAUCUGGACCAUUUGCCAAAACACAACCAUGCUGGAGGGGGUUACCCUAUGCUUGGACCCGCGCCAGUAUGGGAUCGUGCCAAUUGCUGAGGCCAAAACAGUAUGUACUAAAUCUGAGAAGUUUUACAAGAUGUGUGAAUCGAACGAGCUGGAUAUGACCUUCCACUUGUUCAUCUGCGCUCUGGCUGGGGCGGGUGCUGCCGUGAUUGCUAUGAUCCACUACCUGAUGGUGCUCUCAGCCAACUGGGCGUACGUGAAAGACGCCUGCAGGAUGCAGAAGUACGAAGACAUCAAGUCCAAGGAGGAACAGGAGCUCCACGACAUCCACUCCACCCGCUCCAAGGAGCGUCUCAACGCCUACACAUAAGACCAGCGAGAGGACUGGCGCUCCCACUUCAUCACUCCUCCUCCUCCUCCACCCCCCCCUCUCUCUCUCUCUCUCUCUCUCUCUCUCUCUCUCUCUCUGUCUCUCUCUGUCUCUCUCUGUCUCUCUCUGUCUCUCUCUGUCUCUCUCUGUCUCUCUCUCUGUCUCUCUCUCUCUCUCUCUACCAUCCCCUCCUGAGGGGGGCUGGGUGGCGCUCAGGGCCCUCGCCACUGCUGAUGUCACUGGUGCGUCAUGUGACAUAGUGGUCCGGGGACUCUUCACCCCUCUCGCCCCCACAAACAGCAUUUCAAACAGCCCCAUUCACCUCUGUCAUGAACUGUCAUAUUAUUAUUAGUAUUAUAAUUAUUGGUUGGGUUAUUGUUGUUGAUUGUGUGUAGUGUAGUGUUACUAUUGUGUAGUUUGACGCUAGUGUAGGAUGGAGUAAAGUUUAAAAGUAGCAGUUUAUUUUUGUAUUUUCUUUGUAGGAUAUUCUUUACGUCCAGUAAUAGAUUUUUUUUUUUUAUUGUUUAUCUAUUUUUUUUUACUGAUAGAAAAAAGGAUUUGAUCUUUAUUUAGUUUUUAUGUACUAUUUAUUUUUUUCAUUCAUGAGGUGGUCUGUUGGGGCUUAAAAGGGUUUCAAGCACAUUUCUCAUGUUUGUGUAUUAAAAAAAGUUUCAUUUUCAAGAACUGUAUUUACGUUGAUGAACGGGGGUAAUCUGUUUUGAAGACUAAAAAUAUUUUCAAUCUCACAGGGCAACUAUAAAAAGCAUCUCUAGCCUUUUAGAUAAUGUAGCAGUACUGUACUGCCAUGAACUGGGAUGAAAAUAACUUGAAGUGAAAGGAAUUCGAAUCUUACAAUUGUUUUUUGUAAUUGCAGUUUCACAAUAGCAUGCCAAUUUAAGGAUAGAUACCAAAACGUUACACGAGAACAGAUAUUAUUUGCUAGCUGUGCCAAGCCUGUUAAAUAGGAAACUUUGACCUAGGUCAGUAUCAAAGACAGGAUUCGUCAUUAAAAUGAUAAACUAUGGACUAUUUUAUGAUAAUAGGAAAAGCUAUUUUGGGACAGAAUGGUUCCUUGUCUUUAAUCCAGCCACAUAAGCACAUGCAAACAUCUUUUCAUAACCCCUUUUUUAAUUUCUUAAAAGUGAACUUUAUAAAUACUAGAAUGAAACAAGUUUUUGCAGAUAUCUGCAGUGUAUAUAUUGAUAUAUAAAUGCAUACCUAUAUGUUGAGCACUUCAAUAUCAGGACGAUUCAUACGAGAAUGAAAAGAGAUCACUGUGGUUGAAUCCACAACUCAUCUAUCAGUCUUACUAAAAUCUCGACGAUAAAAAAAAUUAAGUUGUUGGUGUUGUGGCACUUUUUGGAUGGGCUCAUCUGAUGUAAGAAAAAUGUGUCACAGUAAGUAAUUUUGUUCAUGACAGUAAAAAUCUGAUUGUCUUGCUUACACGUCAUCAUGCCAUAGGACUACAACCGUGGCCUAUCAUUUCAUUGCCUGGCAAUAUUUGUUUUGUCAGUACUU